UGCCGCCCCAGGGCCCCGCGGAUUGGCUGCCCCGGCCCGGCGGCCGCCACGUCGCCCCGCCUCCAACCCCGCGGAGCGCCACCAGUGGCUGGCGGCUGGCGUCGCUCUCCUGGCGGGAGAUUCCUGGGGCGCCGGGCGCAGGGCAAGGCGACCAUGGAGCAGCUGCGGGAUGUGCGGGAGCGGCUGCAGGCGUGGGAGCGCGCGUUUCGGCGGCGGAACGGGCGGUUGCCGGGCCAGGAGGACGUGGAAGCGGCGCCCGAGGAGACCCGCGCGCUCUACCGGGAGUACCGCAACCUGAAGGAGGCACUGGGUCAGGCCGGCGGCGUCGGGCCUCACGGCUCGGAGCAGUCGCUUCCCGCGGCGGCGGCCGAGGAGAUGCUGGAGCCCAGCUGCUGGGGGCCCCACCUGAAUCGGGCCGCGACCCAGAGCCCCCAUCCUCCAUCAAGGCUCAGCUCUCAGGGAUCUGUGCAGGACUACGGGAAGAGGCUUAAGGCCAAUCUAAAGGGCAGUCUGCAGGCUGGGCCAGCCCUGGGCCGAAUACCCCGGCUUACACGAAGAUCCUCCUCCAAGAUGCCUUCCCCAGGGCCACCAGGCACAGAAGCUGCCACCAUCUCUCCAGAAGAAGUCAGUGAGGUGCCCCCUCAGCCUCCCAGGCCCCAGCUGAGGCCAGGCCGGCCCCAGCAGUUGAGGGCAUCCCUGAGCCUGCGGCUGGGCUCCCUAGACCCAGGCUGGCUGGAGCGGUGUCACAACGGGACCCCAGAUUUUCUGGGGGUUCCCAAGGCCUGCCAGCCUUGCCUGGGUGCAGAGGUGUCCCAGCUUCUUACUCCAGGUGUAGCAUCUGUCUUCGGUCCCAGCGCUGGCCCCGAGGUGCCUUUACGGAGUCCAGAGACUCCAGCCCUACUAGCAGCUGCUAUCAGUGCAGGGAACUCUCAGCCUGGUACUCGUCAAGGCAAGAAGCGGAGAUGGAGUGGGGAGCUGGAGGGAAGCCCUGCACAGACCCAGCAGGACAGCGGCCAAGCAGGAGCCCUGCCUGCGGGAGCUGGGGCUGCAGUGCCUGCAGAAGACUGUCCAGAGCAGCCUGUGCAGGCACAGCCCCCCAGCAAGCCCCCAGCCCCCAGAUCUGCUGUCCAGGACAGGGGGAACUACGUGCGGCUCAAUAUGAAGCAGAAACGCUACGCUCGGGGCCCGGCCUCACGGGGCCGGCUCCUUCGCAAGCAGGUAUGGAAGCAGAAGUGGCAGAAAAAAGGGGAGCGUUUUGGGGGUGGUCAGCGCGGAGCCACAGCCCAGGAUUCUGGCUCCCAGUGUGGGCAGCUCAGUCACUGGGCAUCCCAGUGCCCUCAGCCAGGUGAAGAAGGCACAGAGCCUGCAGGGCCUGAGCUGCUGGCGCCCACAGGGCAGUCUGUGCCCAAGGCUCCUUGUCCGCCUCCUGUGCCACCAUUCUAUCCGCCAGGGCCCUUGGGGCAGGUUGUAGACACGCCCGCUGAGGUGCUUCAGGCCCUGGAGCAGUUGGGGCACCGGGCCUUCUACCCUUUGCAGGAGCGUGUGGUCAUGCGGAUCCUGUCUGGCGUGUCCACGCUGCUGCUGCUGCCCACGGGGGCCGGCAAGUCCCUGUGCUACCAGCUCCCGGCGCUGCUCUACUUCCGGCGAAGCCCCUGCCUCACGCUGGUCGUCUCUCCUCUCAUGUCGCUCAUGGACAGCCAGGUUUCUGGCUUGCCCCCAGGCCUGAAGGCGGUCUGCAUCCACUCGGGGAUGACCAAGAAGGAGCGGGACUCUGCCCUGCAGAAGGUCCGGUCAGCCCGGGUGCAAGUGCUGAUGCUGUCGCCAGAGGCGCUCGUUGGGGCGGGGGGCGCUGCCCUCCUCACUCGGCUGCCACCGAUCGCCUUUGCCUGCAUCGAUGAGGCCCACUGCCUCUCCCAGUGGUCCCACAACUUCCGGCCCUGCUACCUGCGUGUCUGCCAGGUGUUGCGGGAAUGCGUGGGUAUCGGCUGCUUCCUGGGUCUCACAGCCACGGCCACGCGCAGCACCGCCCUUGACGUGGCCCGGCACCUGGGCGUGGCCGAAGAGUCUAUCCUCAGGGGGCCGGGCACCAUCCCUGCCAACCUGCACCUCUCUGUGUCUUCGGACAGGGACCCAGACCAGGCUCUGGUGACGCUGCUGCAGGGUGAUCGUUUCCGUGCCCUGGACUCUGUCAUCGUCUACUGUAACAGACGAGAGGACACGGAGCGUGUCGCGGCCCUGCUGCGCACCUGCCUGCGUGAGGCCCAGGCCCCACGAUCCCGAGGCCGGGUCCCAGAGGCUGUGGCUGAAGCCUACCACGCCGGCAUGGGCGGCCGGGAGCGGCGGCGGGUGCAACGGGCCUUCAUGGAGGGCCGGCUGCGGGUGGUGGUGGCCACAGUGGCCUUCGGGAUGGGGCUGGACCGGCCGGACGUGCGGGCCGUGCUGCACCUGGGGUUGCCCCCAAGCUUCGAGAGCUACGUGCAGGCUGUGGGCCGGGCUGGGCGUGAUGGGCAGCCUGCACACUGCCACGUCUUCCUCCGGCCCCAGGGUGAGGACCUGUGGGAGCUGCGCAGACACGUUCACGCCAACGUCAUCGACUUCCUCGCCGUGAAGAAGCUGGUGCAGCGCGUGUUCCCUCCCUGUGCUUGCACCCGGCAGCCCCCAGAGCAGCAGGGAGAUGAGAGCCGGGAAGGGCACUCGGCCAGGGUCCUCGUGGCUGCAUCUCCCCAGGAUGCUGACCAUCCCAGCCUUGAGCACACAACCCGGUGCCCGGGCCACAGGCGGGCGCUCCCGGUGCAGCCAACCGUGCAAGCCCUGGAUAUGCCCGAGGAGGCCAUCGAGACUCUGCUGUGCUACCUUGAGCUGCACCCACAGCGUUGGCUGAAGCUGCUGGCGCCCACCUAUGCCUGCUGCCACCUGCGCUGCCCCGGGGGCCCCACCCAGCUCCAGGCCCUGGCCCGCAGGUGUCCCCCCCUGGCCGUGUGUUUGGCCCGGCAGUGCCCCAAGGAGACAGGUGGGGGAAGCAGUUCUGUGGAGCUGGAUGUGGUCGAGCUGGCAGACUCCAUGGGCUGGGAGCUGGGCCCCGUGCGGCAGGCUCUCCACCAGCUGCGAUGGGAUCCAGAGCCCGGGACAGGUGUGCCUCGGGGCACGGGGGUGCUGGUGGAGUUCAGGGAGCUGGCCUUCCACCUGCACAGCCCUGGGGACCUGACAGCCCAGGAGAGGGACCAGAUCUGUGACUUCCUGCACGGCCGCGUGCAGGCCCGUGAGCGAGAAGCCCUGGCCCGCCUGCACCGCACCUUCCGGGCUUUUCACAGCGUGGCCUUCCCCAGCUGCGGGCCGUGUCUGGAGCAGCCCGAUGAGGCACGCAGCGGCAGGCUCAAGGCCCUGCUCAGCCAGUACUUCGAGGGAGAGGUAGAAGCACCGGGGGGCGUGGAGGCCGAGGAGGACCCUGAGCCAGGCCAGGCCAGGCUCCAGGACUGGGAGGACCAGAUCCGCCGGGACAUCCGCCACCUCCUGUCCUCGUGGCCAGAGCAGCGGUUCUCGGGCAGGGCUGUGGCCCGGGUCUUCCACGGCAUCGGAAGCCCCUGCUAUCCGGCCCAGGUGUACGGGCGGGACCAGCGCUUCUGGAGAAAGUACCUGCACCUGAGCUUCCACGCCCUUGUGCACCUGGCCACAGAGGAGAUCCUGCUGUGGGGCUGCUGACCACCCUGCCGCGCAAGGACCCGGUUCCCCCACGUCAGAGGCACGGGCCUCAGCAGGGGCUGCGUGGCCACAGCAUGGGGGUGGGGGGUGUCAGGUGCAACAGGUCCUCAAGGCAAAGAUGGGCGUAGAUAUCAGUGACCAGGACAGCGACCAGCCACUCUGGACAAAGGCCACCACCAGUAGCAUGGGGGCAAGGAGGCCCCAAAGUGCAGAAUAAAAGACACUCAAGUCAU